CUUCCUGUGAAUGAGAUAAAAGUCCGAACAUGGCGGCGUGAAACUGUACAAAUUCGCUCGGAUGGAGGGGCUUUAUUAGAGACGGCUUGAAAGUUGAAUGUUUAUUUUCUCCUCCUUGAACGGAGAGCUGUUGUGAAUGUUUCAUUUUCACGUCGUGCGGAAGGACAGAAGUGUAGAAGAAAAAACACUAGAUUGGACUGAACCAUCGCUGGAAACAAUAAGGCUCGAAGGGAAAGUGGGCUGAAAUGAACGGGGACCUCAUAUGCAACGGCCACACGCCAUUUCACCACAUCUUAAAACACAGCAGGUCAAAGUCACCACAUCAUGAAACCAUCUCAGUGAAAAUCAUCAAAGACAGGAAAACGUCACGGUUUUUCUGCACGCAAAACGAGCCACAGAAGCAUGGUGAAUCCAGGAGACCCAGUACUGUAAAUGGUGAGUUCAUCCUCCCAAACAUGGCAGUGAGUGAAGAUCUGCAGCAUUCUGUACACCGAGCCGAGGAACAGACACACCAGAUACACUGUACAGCAUCAUACAUCCACUCCAACGGUGACGUCACCCGUCCUGACCAGAGGAAAAGAACCGCUCGAAAAAUUAAAGUCAAGAAGUCCACACAGAGAACUGCCGAGACCAAGAGCCCCCAAAACCGUAAGGUUACAGAUUAUUUUCCCAUCAGGAGAAGCUCAAGAAAAAGCAAAAGUGAACUGAAGUGUGAAGAGAAGCGGCACAUAGACAUGUUAAUUACAAACGGAAUCGAGAACGGAAUGAUGGUCAGGUACAUUGAAGGAAAGGGCAGAGGGGUUUUCGCCACCCAGAGGUUUCAGAAAGGGCAGUACGUCGUGGAGUACCACGGAGAUCUACUGCAGAUUACAGAUGCCAAAAAACGGGAGGCUUUUUACGCACAAGAUCCAACCACCGGCUGCUAUAUGUAUUACUUCCAAUAUCUCAGCAAAACAUAUUGUGUGGAUGCUACUAAAGAGUCUGAUCGUUUGGGACGGCUGAUCAACCACAGUAAAAACGGCAACUGUCAGACCAAACUCCACGACAUCAAUGGAAUACCUCACCUCAUCCUCGUGGCCUCCAGAGAUAUCCAGGAAGAAGAGGAACUUCUUUACGACUACGGUGACCGAAGUAAAGCCUCUAUAGAAGCUCACCCCUGGCUUAAACAUUAAUGUAUUCGGAGGAGGAAAAAAAUCACCUUGUUUCUUAACUAGACAGUUUUUAAAUGUAAUUAUUGCCUUAGUAAACAGAGAAUGUUACGGGAUAGUUAAGUGUGUGGGUAUGUCAUGCAAGUGACUCACAUGUCAAACGCGUUAGAUUGCGGUACAUAUUCGACGUGUCCUACUUUUAAGAUAUUUAUCCUGCUCGAUGACAUGCUAGUUUCGGCACAUUUCUUUUUGUAUAUUUUAUAUAUUGGUAGAUCAGUGCUUCCAAAGCAUGCAGUUAUAGUCCAACUUUCUGCAUUUUUAUAAAGAGUUUUCUUAAUCUAAUGUAUGGUAGUUAGAGGCUUAGCAAUAAUUAUUUAUAAUGCCCAAACGUUUAUGUUUGAAGCAGAAAGCCAGUGAUGCGAAACAGAGCAAAAUUUUAAAAGGUUCAGAAAACUGGAACAUGAAACCAAAUUUUGAUAUUAUUUGAAAUGUUACCGUUGUACUAUGCUGUGUGUCAUGUAAUAAACCUGAACAAAGAUGUAUCUGUUAUACACAAACUGAGUGUCCAUGACCAACCGCUCCACAUGAGAGUUUCAGUCAAUCUGUUUGAGAUGGUAGAUGCAUUGUUUAAAUAAAUGAUUUUAUGCAGUG